AUGAGUGUCGGUUUGAGUAGUGAUACCCGUUGGUGCCAUUCGGCUGGCGACCAGUGGUCCGAAGUUGGUCCUGUCGCUCUCAACCGCGGAGACCAUGGUUUCCCACGCGGGGGGGAGGAUCAUCCGGACGUGGCGGCCGUGGCCCCUCGUUCUUCCGCGGUGGCGGCCGUGGGCACCCUUCUACUCGUGGAGGUGGCCGUGGGCAGCCCCCUAGCCGUGGUGGUGGCCAUGGUUCCGCCCCUAAUCGAGGUGGCGGCCGCGACCUGCUAA